CUCCCCCCUUCCCGCGCCCGUUGUUUUGCCCCGAUUCUCGCUCUUCGGCCCUCCCUCGCCGCGUCUCUCCAACUACACGCGCGCGUGCUCCCUCUUCGGCCCGGCAUCAUGGCCGCCCUUCAUCCCCCGCUGGAUCCGGCUGGUGCCAGCCAUAUCCCGGCGUCCUCUCUCUCUCUGGCCCAUGUCCCUUUGCAAAUGUCGGCCGACCUGCCGCCCCUGUCCCGGGCACGGCAGGCCCUGCACCUGAGUGUGGUCCCCGCAUCGCUCCCCUGUCGCCAGGAGGAGAUGGCUCAAAUCGGCACCAUCGUCGAGUCGGCGCUGGUCAACUCACUACAGGCGGUGGAUGCCGAAUCCGGGACCCUGCCCGGCGGGGCGUGUCUCUUUGUGUCCGGCAUGCCGGGCACCGGCAAGACAACAGCCGUGCUGGAGGCAGUGCGCAUGCUGCGCAGCCACGCGCGGCAGACCCUGGCCCCCGCCACCCCGGACGCGUCGCACAUCCCGCCCUUUCAAUUUGUGGAAAUCAACGCGCUGCGCCUGCGAGACCCGAGUGCCGCAUACUCGGAGCUGGCGCUGGCCGUGCUGGGGCAGAAAUUUGGCGCCAACCGGGCGCUGGCCCAGCUGGACGCGCACUUCGGCUCGCCGCCGGACAGCCGCCUGCCGGUGGUCCUCCUGCUGGACGAGGUGGAUCAUCUGCUGACCAAGAAGCAGACCGUAGUGUACAACCUGUUCGACUGGCCGCAGAAGCCCGGGUCGCGACUGAUCAUCGUGGCCAUUGCCAACACGAUGAACCUGCCCGAGAAACUCCUCCUGCCACGAGUGACCUCGCGCCUGGGUAUGCUGCGGGUGGACUUCGCGUCGUACACCUCCGGGCAGAUUGACGAGAUCCUGCGAGGCCGGUUGGCGGAGGCCGUCCGACCGGAGGUGGAUUUGGCCAUUCAGUCGGUGGCCCAGGCGUCCGGGAUAUCCAUCGACCAGGCCAUGACGCCCGAGGUGCUGGCCGCGGUGCAGGGGGCGGCCAUUGAUGCGCUGUUUGACCCGGCCGCGCGCGGUGUCUUGGCCACCCUGGUGGCCAACAUGAGUGGCGAUGCGCGGCGGGCUCUGGAGAUUGCCCGGCGUGCGGCCGACGCUGCCGACAACGAGGGCGGCGAGAAAGUCCUCCCGCGGCAUGUCCACCAAAUCGCACAGCGGGUCUUCUAUCACCAGGCGGCCGAGGUGUCGCUGUCUGGCUUGCCCAUCGCUCAGCGCCUGUUCAUGGCGGCCGUGCACCUGGAGCAGCAGGCCCAGCGCACCCAAACCAAGCGCCGGACCAGCGGCUCGGUGGGCUUUGUGCAUCAGCUCUCCGGCGAUGUGCUUCUGUGGCAGGUGUGCGACCGGAUUCGCAACAUGUGCCAGCUGUCACAUCGGCCGGUGCCCUCCUCGAGCGAUGUGCAGCUGGCGUGUCAUCGGCUCGCUUCCCAGCGUCUGGUCAUCACGGACAGUGCCUCGCUAGGGCUACAUGCUCGGGUCAAGCUCAACACCACCCUGACCAAUGUAGAGCAGUUGAUCCAGGAGCUCGGCUGGUGAGGCCGUGUCUGCCCUUCUCAAAUACACAUUUCUAGACACA